AUGCCUCUGCUGCUGCUCCUGGCUUCCCUGUGUCUGUCUUCUGCUCCCGGAGUCCCUGCCAUCUACCAGAGACCAAGUGAGACUCAGCCAGCAACUCCUCCCCCCCUCCAGUACUUGCUGGAGCCCACAAACAAGGUAGUGCAGGCCCGGCGGGGAGCCUCAGUCACCCUGCCUUGCAUCCUGUGGGUCGUGCCCCAAAACUACAAGAUCCGAUGGAGCAAGGUGGAGCCAACUGAGUACCUGGAAGUUGCCAUCUUGAUCAGCAACGGGGUCCAUCACAAAACCUAUGGCCCACUGGGCAGCCGGGCUCACCUGAAACGCAGCCACCGGUUCGAUGCAUCGCUGACCAUCUCCAACCUAACUUUGGACGAUGAGGGCCGCUAUCGCUGCCAGCUUGUCAAUGGCCUGGAGGACGAAAGCGUCUCUCUUGUCUUGCAGUUAGAAGGUGUCGUUUUCCCCUACCAAACCAGCCGGGGGCGCUAUCAGUUCAACUACUUUGAAGCCAAGAAGGCUUGCCAAGAACAGGAUGCCAGGCUGGCCACCUACGAGCAGCUUUACCAAGCCUGGACGGAAGGGCUGGACUGGUGCAAUGCCGGCUGGGUCAUGGAGGGGAGUGUGCACUACCCCAUCCGCAACUCCCGCAAGCCCUGCGGGGGUCUUCUUCUUCGGCCCGGAGUCCGAACUUAUGGCCCCAAGGACAAGCUGAAAGAUCGCUUUGAUGCCUUCUGCUUCACCUCAAGUGUGCAAGGUCGUGUCUAUUUCAUCAGGGGCCACUUCCACUUCAAAGAGGGCAUGCAAGCCUGCCGCAACGAUGGAGCUACCUUUGCCAAGGUUGGGCAGCUCUAUGCGGCCUGGAGAUUCUCCCAGCUGGAUCGCUGCAACGGAGGAUGGCUGGAGGACGGCAGCGUGCGCUUCCCCAUCACUGCUCCCCGCCCACACUGCGGGGGGCUCCCAGACCCUGGCGUCCGUAGCUUUGGCUUCCCCAGCAAGCUCCGGAAGAAAUAUGGCGUCUACUGCUUCUCUGUGAAGUAG